AGGCGUGACAAGUGGAAGCCAAACACGCACUCCCGAAUCUGCCAGGUGCAUUUUGACGAAGAUCAAUUCGAGAGAGGCCGGCAGGAUGGAAAAAUUUUUUUGAAGUCAUCUGCCAUUCCAACAUUGUUCCCGCACUCAAAGCAGAAAAAAGAGCGCAAGCCACCAAAACCAAGAGAGCCAUUGCCAGCCAAGAGUCAUGUCCGAGCUAAAGACACAGAAGCGUCUAUCUCCUUGCUGACUUGCCCUGCGGUCCCGGCUCCACUCACCGACAGCACGCAAGAAGACCAGCAGGACGGCUGCCAUCACCAAAAUGGUGAUCCAAGCUUGCUGGGAGCUUCGUCUGCAGUGAACGGUGUUGCAGGAGAUACGGCUGUAUUCAGUGGUCAUCUUCCCCGCACACCGCAGCUUGUGUUGCCCAACAGUAUGGAGAUCGAAGACGCACAAACGUUGCUCUCCUCGCUGACUUGCCCCGUGGUCCCGGCUCCACUCACCGACAGCACACAACAAGAUCAACAGGACGACUGCCAUCACCAAAAUGGUGAUCCACGCUUGCUGGGAGCCUCGUCUGCAGUGAACGGUGUUGCACGAGAUACAGCUGUAUUCAGUGGUCAUCUUCCCCGCGCACCGCAGCCCGUGCUACCCAACAAUAGUAUGGAGACCGAAGAUGCACAAGCGUCGCUCUCCUCGCUGACUUGCCCCGCUGUCCCAGCUCCACUCACCGGCGGCACGCAAGAAGAUCAACAGGACGACUGUCAUCACCAAUAUGGCGAUCCACGUUUGCUGGGAGCUUCGUCUGCAGUGAACGGUGUUGCACGAGAUACGGCUGUAUUCAGUGGUCAUCUUCCCCGCACACCGCAGCCCGUUUUACCCAACGACAGUAUGGAAAUCGAAGACGCACAGGCGUCGCUCUCCUCGCUGACUUGCCCCGUGGUCCCGGCUCCACUCACCGACCCCACGCUAGAGGAUCUGCUGGACGACUGCCACCUCCAAAAUGAUAGUCCCAACUCAUUCAGCACAUUCCAGGUGGGACAGUGUGAGGAAGUGACCCAGCUGAAGCAGAGGGUGGCAGAACUAGACCAGAAGGUAGCAGAGCACAAGAGGAAGGUUAACAACUUGCAGAAGCGGAACAAUGUACUUCUCCGAGAAAAGAAAAAUACUGCUGAAGGCCUACAGACUGUCUUUACAGAAGACCAGAUACGUGCUCUGGGUAGAAAAUCCAACUGCGGAAGCCCAUGGUCAUCUGCUACAAUAAAGAAGUCACUGCAGCUGCACUUCGCCUGUAUUAAGUUUGAGCCUGGAGUUCUCUGCGAAGUAUUUGACCUCAUGAAAUGCAAGGUGGCUGCCUUUAAGCCCCAGGAGAGAAAAUGUGUCCUGAUGCUAGAUGAGAUGCAGCUCCAGGACAAGCUGGAGUACGAUAAACUCAAGCAGCGUCUUGUUCUCAAAAUUCUGCUCCAACUAACCAAGUACCUUGUGCCAAGAAGCCUGCUCUAG